AUGGCGGAAAAGCUUCCCACCUACAAAAAAGUCGUUGAUUACACAGCGCAGCUGGCUGCCUUCAAGGACUUCCUGACCAACUACAAGACCACCCCCGAGCACGCCAUCACCCACGCGCUCGGCAACAUCAACAUUGACGAUGACGACCUGAGCGACGAGUACGAGUUUGUCGACGAGACCGACGAGGCUGCCGAGCGCCGUGCACGGGAAAAGGCCGCGCGCCGCAAGCCAACGCACAAGUACCGCGACCUGCUGCAGAAGCUGGCGGAUCGCCAGGUCGACGAGGUGACUGUCGACCUGGACGACGUGUCGAUGUUCGAGGCAGACACCCAGAGCGGGCUCAAGCUCACACAGUCCAUCGAGAUCAACACAAAGCACUACGUCGAGAUCCUGUCCCAGGCCGUCGACGAGCUGCUGCCAGAGCCCAGCGCCGAUGUUUCUUUCAAGGAUGAUGUCCUCGAUGUGCUCAUGGCCCGCCGCAAACUGCGCAACCGCGAGCUGCGCGACGGUGCCGAGGCCCUGGGCGACCCAGACAUGCUCAACGACGUGUUCCCGGCCGAGCUGACGCGCCGUUACACCCUCGUUUUCAAGCCCCGUACCUCCACCCUCGAGCACCCGACCAAGCCCGUCGCCGUGCGCCAGGUGCGCGGCGAGGACCUCGGCCACCUCAUCACCAUCCGCGCCAUUGCCACGCGCGUGUCCGACGUCAAGCCCAUUGCCCAAGUCAGCGCAUACACGUGCGACCGCUGUGGCUGCGAAAUCUUCCAGCCCGUCAACAACAAGCAGUUCGCGCCGCUCUCGCUCUGCCCGUCCAAGGACUGCAAGGACAACCAGUCUGGCGGCCAGCUGCACCCCUCGUCGCGCGCGUCCAAGUUCCAGCCCUUCCAGGAGGUCAAGGUCCAGGAGCUCGCCGAGCAGGUGCCCAUUGGCCAGAUCCCGCGCACGCUUACCGUGCUCUGCUACGGCAGUCUGGUGCGCCGCAUCAACCCGGGCGACGUUGUCGACAUUUCCGGCAUUUUCUUGCCCACGCCCUACACGGGCUUCAAGGCCAUGCGGGCCGGCCUGCUGACCGACACGUUCCUGGAGGCGCACCACGUGGUGCAGCACAAGAAGGCGUACGAGGAGAUGGCCAUUGAGCCGCAGCUGGUGCGUCGCAUUGAGCAGUUCCGGCAGUCGGGCCAGGUCUACGAGUACCUGGCCAAGUCCAUUGCGCCCGAGAUUUUCGGCCACCUGGACGUCAAGAAGGCGCUGCUGCUGCUUCUGGUCGGUGGUGUGACGAAGCAGAUGGGCGACGGCAUGAAGAUCCGCGGCGACAUCAACAUCUGCCUGAUGGGCGACCCUGGUGUGGCCAAGUCGCAGCUGCUCAAGUACAUCUCCAAGGUGGCGCCGCGCGGUGUCUACACGUCGGGCCGUGGUAGCAGUGGCGUCGGUCUGACGGCGGCUGUGAUGCGCGACCCGGUCACGGACGAGAUGGUGCUCGAGGGCGGUGCGCUGGUGCUGGCGGACAAUGGCAUCUGCUGCAUCGAUGAAUUCGACAAGAUGGACGAGACCGACCGCACGGCGAUCCACGAAGUCAUGGAGCAGCAGACGAUCAGCAUCAGCAAGGCGGGCAUCAGCACCACGCUCAACGCGCGCACGUCGGUCCUGGCGGCGGCCAACCCGGUCUACGGCCGCUACAACCCGCGCAUCUCGCCGGUCGAGAACAUCAACCUGCCGGCGGCGCUGCUGUCGCGUUUCGACAUCAUCUUCCUGCUGCUGGACACGCCGUCGCGCGAGACCGACGCCCAGCUGGCCAAGCACGUCGCCUACGUGCACAUGCACAGCCGCCACCCCAACAUUGGCACGGCCGACGAGGUCGUCUUCACGCCGCACGAGGUGCGCGCGUACGUGGCCCGCGCGCGCACGUUCCGCCCCGUCGUGCCCGAGGAGGUGUCCGAGUACAUGGUCAAGACGUACGUGCGCAUGCGCGACCAGCAAAAACGCGCCGAGAAGCGCGGCAAGCAGUUCACGCACACGACCCCGCGUACGCUGCUGGGUGUCGUGCGCCUGGCCCAGGCGCUGGCGCGCCUGCGGUUCAGCGACGCCGUCGACCGCUACGACGUCGACGAGGCGCUGCGGCUCAUCGAGGCCAGCAAGGAGAGCCUGAACGCCGAGAUCAUCGGCGGCGCCGGCCCCGGUGCCGGCCGCCGUGGCACCAACGCCAGCAGCCGCAUCUACAACUUUGUCAAGUCGCUGGCGGACACGGGCGCGUGCCGGCCGGACCGCCACGACGGCGACGACGGCGACGACGACGAUGACGACGACUUGGCCCGUGGUGGUCGCGGUGUGGAGCUGAGCCUGCGCCGCGUCAAGGAGCGCGUCAUUGCCAAGGGCUUCACGGAGGACCAGUGGCUGACGGCGCUGGAGGAGUACGCGGCGGUCGACGUGUGGCAGACGGCCGGCAACAUGAGCCGGCUUGUCUUUAUCACGUCCAACGAUGCCGAAGACGACAUGGAGGACGACGAGUAA